AUGCAGUUCAAGCUCUCCCUUGCAACCCUCGCCGCCAUCGUCGCGGUCGUCGUUGCGAAUCCUUCCCCCGAGGUCACCACCGAGGCAGAGAUGAUCCAGUGGCUCAAGUCGACCGACGCCAACCUCACCUUCAUCGGCGAGCCGAUCCCAGGUGUCAAUGCGCCCGAAGGUCUUGUCUCGCGCUCCGCGCAGAACACGAUGGUCACGUACUGCAGCAGGCGCGUCGACAACGUCUGCGGCGGCUCGUGCACCGUGUAUAACGGCGGGGCGACGUGCCUCAGCGCGCCGAACACGCAAUGCCUCGCCGCUACGAAUAACGUCGGUUUCUACGACCGCGGCGGAUGCGGAGGUAGCUGCCACCAGCUCUCGACUUGCGGGACUGAGCUGGAUAACGGCUACUGCUACACGCCCGGCACUGCGUCGAUCCUCGUUGGGAAUUAUUGA